AUGCUGCGCCGCACGUGUCUCGCACGCGUGCACCUCUUCAGCGCGUUAGUGCCUCAGGUAAAGGUGCAAGCCCCGCACUUCUUGUCGGCAGAGGGCGUGGCCACGGCCAAGGUCGCGCUCGAGGAGCGCAAGUCGUACAUGGACUACCCCGAACUCGUUGAAUGCAUCGAUGCACUCGGCAACAUUGACAGCGCGCUCAAGCAGAGUGAGGUGACGAAGAAGCUGAGUAGGUGCGUCGACGCCCUGCGUGCUCAGCUGUACCGCAAAGACUCCACCGAUCCACGGCGGCGGCUGGAGCUGCACGAGGCCGUGAUGGCGGCGGGCUUUUAUGAACGUGUCAUCAGCGUGACGCAGCUUGAGGGAGAGGGGAUUCGCUACGUUAUGAACCACUUCAACUUCGACGUGCGUCGCGACACGCUGAUCACGCGAAAGGUGCAUGAAACGCUGGCGGAAGAGAAGACGACGACUCCAGAGUCAGAGCAGCUUCUACGCGACUUGCUACUUCUCGAACGCCGCCUCACGGGCAAGUAUCGCUUCUCGCAGCUUGGGGGUCGCCGCUGGUUUGCGCUCGGCAUGCCGCUGUCUGAGAUCAAGACGGAGAAAGAGGCACAGCGUCUCCUUGACAUCAGCGUCAUCAAGAAGGACGGCAACUUUACUCUUUGCGAGAUGGAUUCGGAGAAGUUGUGGAAGACGAUUACCAUCAGACCAAACGAGGAGCAGCACGUCACGUUCGCCGAGGCAGGGAACAUCUUCAAGGAUAUUCGCGAAACCGACACGGUCUUUGAGCUGCGCGUGCAAAAGCCGCAGACGCCACCAGAUUUUUGGGAGCGACUUCGCGAAACGCUGCUGCGUUACUGGGUACUGUGGUUUGCGGCGUGGGUGACUUUUUUCAUGGUAGAUGAGGAGAUUAUCACGCUGGUUGCGCUGAUCUUCAUGAAGCACUGGCAGACGAAGAUCCUGGAGGAAGAGGCGCAAAAGACGGGGGGCAAGGUGUACAUCGCAUCCGCCCUCGGUCGCUCUCGAGAGUGA